CAUACAUAGCGGCUCUUCCAACUAAACACCGGAUACUGCGCCCGUAUAUGAUCCCGAUUGAGUGUGUUUCCGGCCUCGUUAUUUUUUUUCUUCGACCCUAAUUCUUCAACGGGCUCGUCUGACUGCACCGCCGACGAUAAAGUCUCCUGACGUGCACCCCUGGGACGUGCACCCCUACACCAGCCUCGCCUGGUGUGGGCAUAAUGCCUUCCGCCGAUGAGCCUUCUUCAACCCGCACCAACGGGACCAGUUCCCGAUCGGAUCAGCUUGCGUACUACAAGAAACAGUAUGAACAGCUUGAGUCUGAGCUUGCCGAUUUCCAGGCUUCCAGUCGCGAAUUAGAGGCAGAGCUAGAGAAGGAAAUUGAGGCGUCUGAGAAGCGUGAGCGACAGUUGAAGGAGAAGGUGGACAACCUGAGGUAUGAAGUGGAGGAGUGGAAGUCGAAAUACAAGCAAUCCAAGUCAGAAGCUAGUACUGCCCAGAAUGCACUGCAGAAAGAAAUAACUUCGCUGCGUGAUGCGAACCUGACACUACAACUGAAGUUGCGGGACACAGAAGUUGCCAAUGAUGAUUACGAACGUCAGGCCCGGCAUACCACCUCAUCCCUGGAGGAUAUGGAGUCCAAGUACAAUCAGGCUCUUGAGAGAGAGGUUCUAUUGGAUAUGGAGUAUAAACAAGGCGAACAGGAACGGGAGAGUCUGCGCAUUGAGAAUCAGCGGCUCCGUGAUGAACUGAACGAUCUGAAGAUCGAAACUGAGAUCGUUCAAGAGAGGCUCAGGAACAAUAACCGCCGCCGCCGCCCAGCACCUCUUGGGCGCAGUCCCUCGACGCCGCAUACUCCUGAGAUCUUCGACCGUUCUCCCGGAGAAUCGACAGUGUCUUCGCCGCUUUUCAGCACUCCUCCAACCAAACUAUCGCUGACGCUGGCUUCUGCAACUGCAACGCCACCGUCACCUCCCAUGUCUGAAACGUCGAGUAGUAUGCGCAAGUCAUUGACUGCAGCAUCGGGGUUUCCCCUCCAGAAAGCAUCGGCUUCCGAAUCUUUUGGUACACGAUCGCUUUAUGGCAAUAGACCGCAACGAUUUCAAGCCCACUCCCGGGCCACCUCUUACGCAUUUAGCAACGGUCGCUCCACGCCCUCUGCUACUACUACCAGACCUAGUUUGCCUAAAGCGAACAACACUACCGCAAAUCGCCCAUCUGGGAUACCCAAAUCUGGCUCUCUGCAUCAGAUUCGUGGACUUAUCGGGAAGAUGCAGAAACUGGAAGAGAGGGUUCAGUCUGCAAAAUCCAAGCUACCUCCUCCGUCAGAGACUGCUUCAAGAGCGUCCUCGCGUGCGGGCUCUAUGCUCGAUGCUAGUCCUGGUGCGGCGACAAUUGCGAUGCGGAGGGAUACUCGCAAGCGACUAAGCGGCAGCAGCUUUAGCUCAUCCGUUAGGGACGGCGAUGGAGCCCCUUCGUAUGUCACAUCCAGCCGUCCGUCUUAUGGAACUAGGACACAAGGAGAUAGUCGUCCUAGCAGUCGUACCAGUUUCUCCAGUUCCCUCAGUCACAGUACUCACCCAAGUGUGACGCCUUCUAACCGCCCAGAAAGUCGCCAGAGCCGUACGAAAACUCCACUGGGCCAUUAUUCCACCAAUCCUACCACUGAAAGUCGGCGACCACGCUCGUCACUCAGCAACCCGGCGGGGCAAUCGACCCCAAUUAACGGCAUGACGUACAUAGACGAGGAUGAAGACCUUGCCGAACAGUUCAAUAUGCGUGCAACGAUCAGCUCAACGCGCCCUACUCGUCUUCCGUCGUUCUCCAAUCCAGCAUUCUCUACACCCACUGGGUUGAAGAAACGGUCAACUAGCGGCAUGUCAGGAAUUCCAGCACCUAGAACCUUGCGACGAGGAAAUACCAUGGGGCCGCCCAAAACGAAACCGAAGCCGGUGGCCGGUGACUUAGGUGAGACAUUCUGAACGGCUGCGCGUUCGCAAGAGCACUUCUUUGAAAUUCACGGCUGGUAUUUUGCUUAAUCAUUACACCUGGUCGUUCAGGAUACGGACAGUAACCCUUUCUCUUAACGCUGGCUUCCCUCUUGAGAGGGUCCGUGGUGUUAUUGGAAGAUCCCGUUCUCGGAGUACAUUGGAAAGGUUGUUUGCCUCGGUUGCUUAUAGACUGGAUUUCGUGUCAUACCUCUCACCACAUAUCUGUACAGUCGGAGACUUGUAUCACC